AUGGCGGCUUAUGCAUCUCUAGUUUCACUUAUGACUACCAUGGAUCAUAUCCAGAGUCAUCCUCUCUUUUCGAUUUCUUUCGACAAGUACCAGAUGGAAUCUCUCGGCGAGAAGGUUCGUUUCUUGCUAGAAUUCAUAGAGGCCGAUUAUUCCCAUGGAGUUAUUAUUACAAUCAAACAAUUCGAAAUUUUGGAGAGCCAAAUUGCAGCUGCAGCCUAUGCUGCUGAAGAUGUAAUCGAAUCUCACGUCGUCGACCAAAUUCACGCAAUGAAAGAUUCCAAAAGGAAUUCUGUGCCACUACUCUGCUGCUUCAAGGAACCUGUAACUACUGAAUCUGAUCCAUUGCACCAAAUUCCCGGUGGUUCAGUUUCGUCGGUCGAUCUUCAAACGGUAAUCGAAGAAAUGGAUUCCGUCGAAAAAAAGGUUAUGGAGUUCAAAGAUGAGAUUGGAUCCAAAGACGAUCGUUAUAUGCAGCAGCCCACGUGUUCGAUGGUGACUACUACAUGGACACCGGGGAAGAAUACUAUGGUCGGAUUUGACGAACAGUUGCUUCGACUUUUGGACAAGCUCACCGGUCAACGAUGUGACCGGCAAGUCAUUCCGAUUGUGGGCAUGGGCGGCAUUGGUAAGACUACUCUCGCCAAAAAUGCUUACGAACAUUCACUUACUAUGCACCAUUUUGAUAUUCGUACUUGGGUCACGGUAUCUCAAAAGUAUAAUGUGAGAGAACUUUUUGUUCAACUUCAUUCAAGGCUAAUAAGUAGUGAAAUCAAUGGUGAAAUUGACGAGCAAUUAUUAGGACAAAAGUUGCACAAAAUACUAUGGGGUCGGAGAUAUCUGAUUGUAAUCGAUGAUAUUUGGAGUAUUGAAGCUUGGAAGGAGGUAAGUCGUUUCUUUCCAGACAACAACAAUGGAAGUCGAAUUGUUGUGACUACAAGGAUAUCAAAUGUGGCUAUUUAUUUCGACUAUGCGUGCUUCGAGUUGACUUUUCUAGAUGAGGAUAAAAGUUGGAAACUAUUUUGUGAAAAGGCAUUUGGUCAAGUCGGUUGCCCUUCCGAGCUAGAGGAUAUUGGAAAGGAGAUUGUUAAGAAAUGCAAAGGACUUCCCCCUUUCGAUUUCUGUGAUUGGUGGGCUUCUUGGAAGAUCCAACAGAACGCAUAA